CUUCUUUCUGGGACCCAACUCCCAAUCGAGAGUGCCAGGCACGACCAGGACAGGAUUAUCAUUUGCUUUCUGUUUGACGACCAUUGUCGCGUUUUGUUGCAGUCCAGCUGGCAGGCGAGGAUGAACCUCUUGCUGAUUGCUGAAAAGAACCACAGCCCUCCGCGUUGAAUCCCUCGACUUUCCACUUCCACGUCUUUGAACCUCCUGGAGAGAGCGCCUCGAGAGCUUGCUGCGAUCGCCCCGCGAGCCAUGUUCCGACACCUCUUGUCGUGAUUCGACUGCAAACAGAUCUGCUUUGCUCCCACCAACCAUGGCGAACUCAUGGUCGGGCGCCCACAAUGGCCCUCCAAACAAUAACAAUUGGGAUGGAGCUCCUCAGGCCAACCCACCACCACCUCCAGUUUCGCAACCUGCUGGCUUUGCGAGGCCAUUCACACUCGCCGAAGUCUUGCCCUACACACCCUUCUCGGCGAUAGCUCCCUUUGACUCGAGUGUGCUUCCUUCGCCAUCGAUAGGUUCUGCGUCGCCCGCUCCCCCAGUAACCGACCUGAUACCAAGUCUCGACUUCGAAUCGUUAAAUCAAGAGGCUUCCACGAAUACGGCCUCGAGGUUACUACAGCAGACAGUCGGCCAGGUUCAAAGGCUUCUAGAGAGAGGAAAUAUCCCCGAAUACAAAUUCAAGACUGGACCACGCGCGACGACUUCUCCUUCACCAGCGAAACACAGUUCUCUGGCUGCGGGACUGUCACCGUUCUCGAAAAUGGUGCACGAUUCAACGUCGAUACCGUUUCGGUAUCCGACCCCAGAUACCCCCACACCCGCUGCGAAUAAUCAUCCGAACGUCAUUACCACGCCCGUUCCCACGAAACAGAAGAUUUCUGCUAAGCCGGUCAUUAAGAAAGAACCAGGCCAAGGAAAGAAACUGAGCAGUAUUCCUGCAAACACACCGGGCCCUUCUGCGAGCCCGGCCACAUCAGCGAACCAGCAGGCGCAUGCUGCGAACAAGGCGCGAUUCGAGAUUGUCUUGCCCACCAAGAAGGAGCUUGAACAGCAGGCCGGCCUUGCGAAUAUCAAGCCGCACCCUUCGUCUAAUGUGACUCCACGCGCUCCGCCUGCGCCAGUUGCUCCCCCGACUCCAGCGUAUCAUCCUCAGUAUCAGCCUCAGGUUCAACACUCACCUCAGGUACAACGCCAAGCUCAGGUACAGCAUCAACCGCAAGUACACCAACAGCAUCAGGUCCCGCAACAACAUCAGGUUCAACAACAACGCAGCCAGCAACACCCGCCGCAGCCUGCUCUCCCACCCCUCAGCUCUGCAGUAGCUACCGCGGCCUCAAGAACUGCCACGCCCCCAGAGCGGCCCGGAUCGCAAAGCAUAUCCAGCUCUCAAAAGCCAGUCAUUGCUAUUGAGCUUCCCAAGACCAAGACUUUUGACAAGAAUGAGUUUACGGUGGUUGCAGAUGAGCCUGAGGAGCCUGCCAACUUGCCAUUGAAGAAGCGGAAGCACGGUGAUAUUGAUGGUGACGACAUCUAUGGAGAGAGCUUGGAUCUUCGCCAGAGAGCUGAUGCGGCUCUUCAUGACUUGAGAGUGUUUCUUCACAACGCUUUCCAGGCAGAGAACGCUGUGCUUGCCCGAAGGCAAGGAAACGACAUGGUGGUUUUGGUUUCUGAGAACGAAGCUACCCUGACAGCAACCGCACAAUCCAAGGCGCAGGCCCUGCUGGGCAAGACGAUCACCUUGAACUGUUUCAAGACUGCGCCUCUCGAGGAGCUACUUCACCUCAUUCGGCUUUCCGAAGGUGCUUUAAAGCUGGCCGAAACGCUAGACAUCAAGGUUGACGAGACCUGGGUAGCUGCCGAUGUGGAGCAAUGGCUGAGCCAGCUGCCCUGGUUAGAGAUGGCGAUUCGGGCUGGCCGCACGUCUCUGAGAAUCAUGUGUGGCGGCCGUCAAGAAAAGCAGCUUUACUCCCAAGACACAAUAGAACACUGUCUUGACCUGUUCAAGCGUAUCAUUGACGGCAUCGUUAUUCCGAUUGCCGAGUUGAGAGCCACCCCAGGGGCUAACGAACUCUUCAAGACGUUGGCUCAGAACAAGAAGAAGAUUGUGGCCUUGUUCAACGAUUGCCAGAAGCUGUUUUCUAUCAUGGCGACUUUGAUCUCGUCCAUCGACACCUCGGACGCGGUGACAAACACGCUCGAGUUCACUGCCUCGCGGCUCAUCUUUAUGGAGACGGCACAUGCAGAAAAGGACUCCGUCAUUGACACACAAAAGUUCGAUGGACUUCGUUUGGUCGCUAUGGAUAUGCUUUCGCAGAUUUUCCUGCUGAACCCUGAGCAGCGGAAGGGCAUUUUCAAUGAGAUUUUGAGCUCGUUGGAGAAGCUGCCGCUUGGGAAGAGAGCGAGGACUUUCAAACUUGUGGAUGGCACGAGUAUCCAGCCAGUGUCUGCUCUCAUCAUGCGGUUGGUUCAGACCAGUGCUGGCAAGGUUGGCGAUGCGGGUCGAGGAAAGGGGAAUACUAUGCCUGUCGAGGACGAGGCGGCCGAAGGCCCCAGGCGGCUGCCGCAGUCGUUUUCCAUUCAGGAUGAGGAGCACGGUGCCUCGCAGCAUCGUAUCGCCAUUCAAGAGCUUGACGACGUUUCUGAGGCCUUGAUCAAGACAGCCACCAACAGCGCCUCAGACGUUGUCCAGUUUAUUGUGAGCCGAGCGCUCAAGUCGACCAAGUCCGGUGAUACGCCGUAUCGCAACCUCCUUGACAUGUUUGUGGAGGACUUUGCUCUCUGUCUUGACAAUCCCGACUGGCCUGCGGCGGAGCUGUUGCUUCGAAUCUUUAUGCAUCUGAUGUUUCAGCUCAUCGAGAAUGACAAGCAACCCGUCACUGCGAAGAACAUGGCUCUGGAGCUGUUGGGAAGCAUGGGUGCCGCUGUUUCCAAGCUCCGCGGGCAUGUGAGGAAAGGUGUCAGCAGUCUCGACACGCAAGACAGCGACGGCCUGGGGUUGUUCCUUUCCGACUUGGCUGCUGCGGCGCUGGAGCUCAAGUCUCGCCCGGAGCAGAUGGUGGCGUGGACUGGGCCAUAUCGUGCUACGCUUGAGCACCUCGAGAGCCGCUUCUCAGAGGAUCCUCAUCUGGCGAGUGCCAUCUCUUUCUUGGUUUCCGACUGGGCAAGCAAGACAUGCAAGACCUACGACGACUAUGAAGACGAUGUUGCCGAGCGUGAUCAUGAGCUUGGCCGACUCGCCUACAGGCUCCGGGAAAUGAUACACGAUCGUCAGUGGCUGUCGAGGGAGUAUUCUUUUAAAGACAUCAGCCAGAGCUAUGCGAGGCUGUCUUACUCGAUCACCCUCUUGAGGUCCCCCCUCUGUGAGGCCUUCAAUACGAUUCUGAACAUUCUUCUCAACUCAAUGGCUAGUGACCAGCCGACGGUACGAAGCAAGAGUUUGAAGAGCGUCAACCAGGUCCUGGAAACGGACCCGUCCAUUCUGGAUGGAGAUUCCGUGGUGGUGCAGCUCAUUCUGAGAUGUUCCAACGACUCGUCGACGCAGGUGCGUGAUUCGGCGCUUGGGUUGAUUGGCAAGUGCAUCAGCAUGCGGCCGGCGUUGGAGGAGCAGAUUACCCCCACGGUUGUGGAGCGGUUUAAUGAUGCUGGGCAUGGUGUUCGGAAGAGGGCCAUGAAGCUUGCCAAGGAUAUUUACCUUCGCAACAGCAACCGGACGCUGAGGAGCACGAUUGCGAAUGGGCUGCUGCAUCGGAUUCAGGACCCGGAGGAGAGCGUCAGGGAGCUGGCCAAGCAGGUGAUUGAGGAGAUAUGGUUUGCCCCUUUUCACAGCGGCCAGACCUCGGCCGCGUCCAAGAUUUCUCUUGCGGAUCAUGUUUCGCUCAUGGUGCAGACGGUGAACCGGGGCAAUGUUGUCAGUGUGCUGGAUAAGGUGCUUCAAGCACUGCUGGCGCCGAGCAACAAGACGGCGCAGGCUUCGUUGGAGGUCUGCACGAAACUGGUGGAGAGCAUGUUUGACCUGGUUGACAGCUCGGAUCCGGAGGACACGACCAAGCCUUCGGGAAGAGAUGUCUUGCAGAUUCUGAUGAUUUUUGCAAAGGCGGAAGCUAGUCUCUUUACGUUUGAGCAGUUGCGGCUGUUGAGGCCUUAUAUCAGCAGCAUCCGCAGCAACGAGGACCCGGCCGUGUCCAAGGCUGUGGUGGUUAUCUAUCGUCGGGUGCUUCCGCAGCUGUCGAGCGCGCAUUCUCAGUUCCUUACCGAGGUGCGCAGUGAGCUGAUGCCUACCAUGACGACAGUUUCACGGCCUCUGAUGAACGAGGUCAUGGCUUGCUUGUGGAUCAUUAGCGGGCUGCUCGACACUUCGGAACACAUGGCCAGGCUUGCGGCCUCGAGUUUGAGGAAUAUCCAGGCGCUGCAUGCAAAGAGCAAGACGCAGCCUCUGGAUACCCGCACCAUGCGCCAGUUUGAGCGGUACUCGCUCAUUGUCGGUAUGGCGGGCAAACACUUCAACCUCGACAGCCAUUUGGACUUUUUCAACAAGAUGUUGAAGACGAAUGGCAGCUCCGUCUCAAAGUUGAUGGUUGAUCUGGUGGUCCCUUUUGCUGCCCCGUCGUAUCAUAUGGACAUGAGGAAGGCAGCGUUGGACUCGGUGGGGCUGGUGUGUCAGGCCUGGCCGAGGAACUACGUUUCUGCAAAUGUUUACACGACGUUUCAGCACGUGUUUGACGAGCAGGUUCCGGUGCUGGAGGCGAUGGUGCUGAGGUCGUUUAAGGAGUUUUUGCUGACGGAGGAGAAGAGGUCGGAGGAGGCGGCGGAGGCGCCGACGGGGAUGAAUGGGGGGGCGAAACAGGAGAAGAAGAGGGAGUUGACUGUUAUUGGUGGCACGAACUACGACGAUGUUGCGAGUGCUACGACGCAUCGAUUCCUCAAGGAGAUUAUUCGGAUUGCUACCGCGACGCAAGACAACCAUGCUUUCCUUGCGGUGGAGGUUCUCGCCAGCAUCAACAGGCAGGGUUUGGUACACCCCAAGGAGACGGGCGUCACGUUCAUUACGCUUGAAACGUCGUCCAAUCCUAGGAUUUCGGAGCUUGCUUUUUUGGAACAUAAAGCGCUGCACGCCAAGCAUGAGACGGUUGUGGAAAGGGAGUAUGUCAAGGCUGUUCAGUCGGCUUUUGCGUACCAGCGGGACAUUGUCAAGGAUUCGCGCGGUGCGAUUGCCACCGGCAACGGGGUCUUUACUCCCAAGCUUCAUCUCCUGAUGGAGGUGCUCAAGAUCAGCAAGUCAAAGAAUCGGCAAAAGUUUCUGGAGAAGCUGUGCGGGCAGCUCGACUUUGAUGUGGGCAAGCUGGACAUGGGGGAGCGGGUGCCAAGCCAUGUGGUGUAUGCGAGGUUUGUGACGGAGUGUCUGGCGUACUUUGAGUACUUGACCGUGGGCGAGGUGGGGUGUGUGGUUGGGGCGCUGGAGAGGUUGGUCACCGGGACGGGGGCGGGCGUUGCGCAAGCGAUUGAGAUGGAGGUUUUGGGGUUUAGGGUGGAUGUUCUUGAGGAGGAGGAGCAGCAGCAACAGCAGGUCUUGGGAGAGAAUAGACAGGCUGCUGGUGCUGCUGCUGGGUCGUUGUCGUCGUCGUCGGUGAAUCAGUUGCAGGAGGCCCCUAGGGUGGAGCUUGAGAAGCUGAGGCGUCUUACGGCGGGGGCGGUGGUUUUGUUGGGUGUUUGGGAGGCGAGGACUUACCUCAGGAGGUUGUAUGGGCUUGGGAUUGGGGGGAGGAGGGAGAAUAAAGUCAAGAUGUUGGGGAAGGACUUGAGUAAGGCCCCUGUCAAGGCGCAGGGGGUGACGGGGGAGAAGUUGUGGGAGGAGAUGGGGGUGUUGGGGGAGAGGUUGGGGAGUAGGGAGGGGAUGAUGGGGGUUUGUAGGGGGUUUGUGGAGUUGAUGAAUGUUGAUAAGGAGUUUUUGGUUGGAGACGAGGAUGAGGAGGGGUUGAUGGAAGAGGGGGGGGCAAGUCCGAUGAGUGGCGGGGAGGAUGAUGAGCUGGUGGGAGAGAGGAAGAGGGGGAGGAAGAGGAAGAGUGAUGCGGGUAGUCAGGGGACGCCGGGGAAGAAGAAGAGGGGUAGGAGUGGGAGUAUGGGGGGGCAACCUAGGAAGAGGGGACGGCCGAAGAAGGUUGCUAGGGAGGAGGAGGAAGGGGAGGGUGAGGAGGGGGAUUGGUUUUAG